AUGGACAGUGGGAAAAGCCUGCACUUCCCCUGUGUGCUCAAAACGUUGACAGUAUCUCUGGGUGGCCAUGGGAGAACGGGCUUGUUAAAAGAAUAUUGGCAGAGGAAGAGCCCUGGCGUUCCAGCAGGAGCUAACAGGAAAAAGAAAAUCAAUGGCAGUAGCCCUGACACCGCCGCUUCUGGUGGUUACCGCUCACCUGGGGAUUCAGCAACAGGUGUCUACAGGGAGGGCCCCGUGUCAUCUACUACCCUGAAAGACCUAGAGGUUCGCACAUUGAAGGAGGAGCAGCAGCGUGAGAUACAUCGGGUACAGAAGCUUGGCAGGAGCUUGUUCAAACUCAAACACCAGAGGGCUGAACCCCGGGCCUCAGAUCCCCCAGCAGGGCCCUCUGAGGUGGAGCAGCUACAAGAUGAGACCAAACACCUAAGGAAGGAGCUGGAGAGUCUGGGAAGACAGCUCCAGGCCGAGGUGGAAAACAAUCAGAUGCUGAAUCUCCUGAACAGGAGACAGAAGGAGAGGAUACGUGAGCAGGAGGAGAGGAUACAUGAGCAGGAG